CGGCGGCGACAUGGCUGAACAGGACCGUUAAGAAGGAGCGGCGGGAAGCAAGAGCCAGGAUCGCGGCGGGCCAGCUAACCCUGCCCGAGACUCAGCCCCAGUGGAGGGUCGGGCGUGGUCGGUCGGCCUGUCGGCCGGCAGGGUCACCACCCGGGUCGUUCCUGGCCCGAGUGCGGAGGGUGCGGUGCCUGUGGUCCGGGAGCCCCGAAGGAGUGGCGCCUGGUCUACGGCGCCGUUGGGCAGGGGCUUGGAGGCUCCAGAGUCGGAAGCUGCCUCUCGCUCUGACAGGUGGUCGUGCGGGGGCCGCCCUGAGGUUUGCUCUUCACCGGGUCCCAGGGGUUGGGGGUCAGCCGAGGCGCGGGUCUCCUAGGUGUUCCGAAUCCUGGUGAGGAUGUCCCUUCGAAUCUUGGUGAGGAUACCGCGCCGACGCCGGUCCCCGGCUGCUCGUUGGGAGAAGGACUUUUAAAACCUUCGUCUUUUAUCUAAUGAUACUGCGGGAUCCAUUUGUUCACUCUGUUUUGGGGAGAUGUGAGGUUGGGGGAGGACUUUGCAGCAAAGAGCUGUUCAGGUUCAUGCAGGGUUUAAGUCUGUUGUUAAACUGUCUGGAGUGGGAGUAGCCCAGCCAUGCACCUAACCUCUGUGUGGCUUUCCAAUUUUAGUUGAAAUUCCCUCCAUGGCCUUUUGGAGUCCCUUGGUGUGUCUCCAGAGUAAAUUUUUAUUACUCUACAUUUCAUCAAUGUUGGAGUGGCAAGACAAAGGAGGAACUGAUUUGGGGUGAAAAGGUAUAACAAACUGUAAACUUCAAAAAAAAACAAAAAAGCAAAGAUGGGUGAAAAGAAACCAGAGCCUUUGGAUUUUGUGAAAGAUUUCCAGGAAUACCUGACUCAGCAGACCCAUCAUGUGAACAUGAUUUCUGGAUCAGUUAGUGGGGACAAAGAAGCAGAGGCUCUUCAGGGAGCUGGAACAGAUGGUGAUCAGAAUGGACUUGAUCACCCAUCUGUUGAAGUUUCCCUGGAUGAAAACUCAGGAAUGUUAGUAGACGGGUUUGAAAGGACCUUUGAUGGGAAGCUCAAGUGUCGGUACUGCAACUAUGCCAGCAAAGGAACAGCCCGGCUUAUCGAACAUAUUAGAAUCCACACAGGUGAGAAACCUCAUAGAUGUCACUUAUGUCCAUUUGCAUCUGCUUAUGAGCGUCAUCUGGAAGCCCAUAUGCGUUCCCAUACAGGAGAAAAACCAUACAAAUGUGAAUUAUGUUCCUUCCGCUGCAGUGAUCGAAGUAACCUGUCCCAUCAUCGAAGGCGCAAGCAUAAAAUGGUACCAAUUAAAGGUACUAGGUCUUCCUUAAGCAGCAAGAAAAUGUGGGGAGUUUUACAGAAGAAAACAAGCAAUCUGGGCUAUAGCAGAAGAGCACUAAUCAACCUAAGUCCACCUUCUAUGGUGGUUCAGAAGCCAGACUACCUUAAUGAUUUUACCCAUGAAAUCCCAACUAUCCAGACUGACUCCUAUGAAAGUAUGGCGAAAACCACAUCAACUGGUGGCCUGCCAAGGGAUCCCCAAGAACUCAUGGUUGACAACCCUUUAAAUCAGCUCUCAACUCUAGCAGGACAGUUGUCCAGUUUGCCACCUGAAAACCAAAACCCCGCAUCCCCUGAUGUAGUUCCCUGCCCCGACGAGAAGCCUUUCCUGAUGCAGCAGCCCUCUGCCCAAGCAGGAGUUUCUGCCGUGUCGGCAAGUAUUCCUCAGAGCUCCUCUCCCACAAGCCCCGAACCUCGGCCAUCACACGGUCAGAGGAACUAUAGUCCAGUGGCAGGACCGAGCAGUGAGCCAAGUGCCCACACGAGUACUCCUAGCAUAGGAAACAGCCAGCCAAGCACUCCAGCUCCCACCCUGCCCGUCCAGGACCCGCAGCUUCUGCACCACUGCCAGCACUGUGACAUGUACUUUGCUGACAACAUUCUUUACACUAUUCAUAUGGGAUGUCAUGGGUAUGAAAAUCCUUUUCAGUGUAACAUAUGUGGAUGCAAAUGUAAAAACAAGUAUGAUUUUGCCUGUCAUUUUGCAAGAGGGCAGCAUAACCAACACUGAUUGAAAACAAUCACAUUAUGCUUUAGUUAGUUUUACCUUUUUGUGUUUUGUAGUUUUGCUUAUUGUUUUUUUCAGCGGGGGUGGGGUGGGUGUCAUCCUUAGCAAGCUGUCUGCUAAUUUAAAGUUUAUAUAUUAUAUUUAUAGAAUAUAAAUUUGACAGUGGAAUCAAAAUUUUCUCCUUUUUCUCAUAAAAAUCUGUCAGAGUCAUUUAUGUAUUAGAACAGUUAGGCACAUUGGUGUCUGUUUUUCCCUUUCAUUUAGACAUUUGAGAAUUUGAGUGCAAUCAUAAUCUUACAGGGGUUCAUUUAAAUUUCCCACAUUUAUGGUCCAUGAAAACUUCAAGGCUGAUCAAUACUCUUGAUAUUUCAGUAUAUACAUUGGAACUAGAUGUUAUUUCUACCUUAUUUCAAAAUGGUAGAAUAAAUCACUUUCUCUUACAAAAUCUGUUACAGCUGAUUUCAGUGUUUAGUAGAGGAAUUGUGUUUAAAAUUGCUCUUAAUUGAAAUGCUAUUUAGUUUACAUAGCUUAAGUUGAAUCAGUAGUUUGAUUUCAACUGAUAAUAGUACAGCUAUUUCACUGUAGUAAAUUUUUUCCAAAGGGGAAAUGUAAAACAGUUAAUUCUUUUUAAAUUAAAGUUAUAAAAAUAUGGGGUAAAAGUUCUGAAAUGAAACUUAAGACUUUACAUUGAAAAAUGGAGAUUAAUUUGUAUUAAAAUACCUGUUUAUUCAAUUUCUAAUGUAAACACAUCAAUUUUCCAUUGGACUCUUUUUAUUAUACUUCUAGUUAAUUAUAAAAACCAGAGGCAAAUACAUGAGAACGCUAGACAUAUCAGAAGAUUAUCUAUGAAGAUGCCUUUCUUUCUUUUAAUUUGAACCUUUUGUUAAAAUCCUUCAUUCUGAUGCCCUUAGUGUCAGAUGAGGUUGAUAACUAUACUGAGAAUCUGUUAUUCCUCCUAUUCCUUUGAUGACCAAAGAGGUACAGUGCAAGUCAUCCAUCUUAUUCCUAGGAAUAAGUCCUUCAGAAAACAUCUCUGAAAUUUCCUUUUCCUGCCUUCUAUUUGUUGCCCAUAAUUUCCAAGAAAAGGUGGGUAUAGAAACACAUGGAAAAUGUGAUGGUGAGGUAAUGUUUAGAAAAAUGAGAACAUAUGUCCAAAAUGAAUUCUGGUCUCCUCUUCAGAAUUGGCCAUUUAAAAUAUUUUCUGUGAGUUCAAGUUGUAAUGCUUAUUUGCAGUUUUACUAGUUUUUCGUGUACAGUGACAAAACUAUAUGGAAACUGUGACUGAAUUUGUCGCCUUGGUAGGAAAGGAUAAAAAAGUGUGAAAAUAGAUAUAAAAUUCAUUUAAACAUGAUAUUUAACUUGUUUACAAAAAUAAGACCUGCUAAAUAAAUCUAGAAUAAUUAAUUUUAAAUAGAAGGCUAUUGUUUUUAUAUUGUGUAAUAACUAGCUUAUUCUGAAGAGAGCUUGGUCAAACAAUAAAAUAUAUUGUUACUAACUGUUGGUUUCUGAGUACUGUGCAAAAAUUUUAUUUUUAAUUUGGUUCAAAUCUUGGAAGUGUUACUAAUUGGCUUCUUAAGGAGAAGUUAUCUUAUUAGUAUUGAUAGUUAUUCUAACUAUUAAGCAUUUAUUAACCAAAAAGGACCUUUACUCUUAAAGUACAGAAAAGGGAAAUAUUGAUGGUAUAUGUCCACAAAAACCCCCAAGUGCCAAGUUAAUGGAUCUUCUGCCCUCCCUUCCAAAUGCUAGAAAGCCAUUAAAAGGAGUACUUGUGGUUUAAAAUCCAGUCUAAACUAAUCUCAAUGGCAUUAUUCAAACAGCAGCAUCGAGGAGUUUCUCCAAACAACUAUGACUCUCGUCCUUGUCAAACCCCAGGCUCUAAAUCUAUACUUCUGUUUCUCUCUGUUGCUUAAAUUGCUCACUGCUGAGAUCAGUUUUAAUGCAACCAUUUUCAAAUGUAUAACUUGGCCCUAGUAUUUAUUUACUGCCAGAAAGAAACAGGUUCCUGUCAUUUGGAAGUUUUUGUGAUUAUUUUCUUCCCUCUCACUUCUAUUUUAUUCUUCAAAUAAAAGCAAUACACCAAAAUAGAAAAUGAAAGUUUUCGUUAAACAAAGAGGAAAAACUCUCUUGUUAAACUAGUUUCUUAGCUAUUCUGGGCCAAAUAGUGACAAAUAGAUUUUUUCUGAGAACGAAAAAGAUGGAUGUGUUUUGAAGGUGCAUUUUAAUUUAAACAUAGAAAAGAUUUUUUUUCUUUUGUAAUUACAAACUAGAAUGUAUAAUUCUAAUUUUCCUAUGACUUAAAGAGCACAGUUGGUAUUCCAAAGGUGUCGAUGCUUGAAAGCUACAAUUCUGAAUGCACUAAAGUUUUUGAAGCAAAUCUACCUUACAAACUCUUUUUAGUAUUCUAUUUUUUAAAGAUUGAGGAUUUUAUUUAAAUUUUCUGUGAGUUAAAUUCUGUAUUUGGAAAGAUGUUAGUAUCUUCCAUUAAGUAUUGAAUAUGUUUCUCCCAUUUUAUUUUUAAUAUAGAAAUGAGUUGCUGGGGAAAGUUUAACAUGCACUAUUUAUAGUACUUUGCUGUUAACAGGCAAUGUUCUUAAACUAAAUUUAUUUUUGUUCAGUGAACGUAAGUUUAGAUUUUUAGAGUUGGUAGAUAAUUUAUCUCCACUAAUAUUUUUUUAAGAAACUGUGAAGAGAUUAACAGGGAAUAAUUUUAUUUCAGAUUUUACUAAUAUAGUAACUUCUUGAAAUUCAAGUAGAGCCUAGAUUUUUACUUUGAAAAACUUCCACUGGAUAUUUUCCAGUGCUAUUUCAUUUUAGAAAUGUGUUUGCCAUUCAUCUGCAGAAUUGUUUGACAAAGGGAAUAUUACUAAAGUUCAGAGAUAAACCUCAUUUUAAGUUCUACAAAAAUAUUAAAUGGAUGUAUUUAAAAAAAUUCCCUGCUAAGGACUUUUUCAUUAAAUAGUCUUAGAGGGUAUAUGAUUUCUAGAACUUGUUUUUGUAAAUGUGUACUUUGAUGUAAAGAACAUAUUUUGUAUGCAAAACAUAAAACUUGAGUAUGGUUGCAAAACACUAUAUUGUUUAGGGAUUCCAGAAAGCAUUUUAAUGCUGAAAUAACUAUAUCUAGUAUGUAGUUCAUAUUGUGAAUGAAGCUUUGCUUUUGUAAUAUAUGAAUAAAAAAUAACACUUUGUAAUGAU